CCCGCCCAGUCGCUUCUGUCCGUCACUUCAGUUCUAGUGGGCGGGACCCGCUGCCGCAAGGAGGAGAGAAGGCCAGCUCAGAGCAGGAUGGCGGCGACAAAGUCUGGACCUCGGCGUGUGGGCUUCGUGGGUGCAGGCCGCAUGGCGGAGGCCAUUGCCCGAGGCCUCAUCCGAGCAGGCAAAGUAGAAGCUAAGCAAGUGCUGGCCAGUGCACCGACAGACAAGAACCUCUGCCACUUCAGGGCUCUGGGUUGCCAGACUACUCACUCCAACCACGAGGUGCUGCAAAACUGCCCGCUUGUCAUCUUUGCCACCAAACCCCAAGUCCUGCCAGCUGUCCUGGCGGAAGUGGCCCCCGUAGUCACCACUGAGCACAUCAUCGUAUCUGUGGCUGCUGGGAUCUCUCUGAGCACAAUGGAGGAGCUGUUACCCCCGAACACACGAGUGUUGCGAGUCUCUCCCAAUCUACCCUGCGUCGUCCAGGAGGGGGCCAUGGUGAUGGCCCGGGGCCGCCAUGCUGGGAACGAUGAUGCUGAGCUCCUACAGAACUUGCUGGAAGCCUGUGGGCAGUGCAUAGAGGUUCCUGAGUCCUACGUAGAUAUCCACACUGGCCUCAGUGGCAGUGGUGUGGCCUUUGUGUGUACAUUUUCGGAGGCCCUGGCUGAAGGUGCCAUCAAGAUGGGCAUGCCCAGUGGCCUGGCCCACCGCAUUGCCGCUCAGACCCUGCUGGGGACAGCCAAGAUGCUGCAGCAGGAAGGGAAGCACCCAGCCCAGCUUCGGACAGAUGUGCUCACACCUGCCGGAACCACCAUCCACGGGCUGCAUGCCUUAGAGCAGGGCGGUUUUCGAGCGGCUACCAUGAGUGCGGUGGAAGCGGCUACCUGCCGGGCUAAGGAACUCAGCAAGAAGUAAGGCAGGCCUCAGAUGAGACUUACAGGCUCCUUGCCCAGCUGCAGCCUCUGUGGUGAGAAUAGCCCUGCAUGGGAGAUGUAGUGGGCUGUCCUCUAAGCAGAAUGGCUAUCGUCUUCAUCCAAGAAGCGGUGACUACUUGUGAGAUGCCGUCAAGAUGGGGUUGCCUCGACAGUGACAUUCAGUCAGGGAAGGAGAAGGUGGGGAGGGUCACUUGACCCUUAUCUGAGAUACCAGAUCUUCCCUUCUGCACCUCCCGGCCAGUUGCAAUUGUGUCCUCAUGGUCACAGGAGCUGGUAGAAUAUGUAGCCUGUGGAGGUGGUAGACAUUAUCCUCCCUGCUGGCGUGAGACGUUUGGAUGGUUGUGGCUGCUUUGGAUCACCCACACUCCGUAAGCAGCGCCCUGUCCAUAUUCUCUAAGCCCAAUAAACUCAUUGGUUCUCUAA